UUUUGGGAUUAAUUUCCAUGAAUCCGUGCCUUGAUAGAGGUGGAGACACUCAUGUCCACGGACCGCAGCCUGGGAGCUCAGCCUGUAGAAUCGGCAGACGUCAGAAGACACUUCGCCUGCUGGCCGUCGCGGUUCUGGUCUAUCGCGGUGUAACUCCUGCGUUGUGAGUGGGGAUUUCACGGCUUCUUCGUGUGCGCUAUGUAGCGGAGUGUACGGCGUGCUGGUGGUAGCUGUUAGACGUUUGCAGGCUUUUUUUUUAGUUUUAAACACCGUGCCUUGGCGGAAAGGAGAGGAUUUCGUUUUAUUUAAGAUCCAGUGACGAUGAAUGAGCAGGAGGGUGGGGUGGUCUCCUUUGACGAAUAUGUGCGGCAGAAGGCCCGCACUGUGCCUCAGCACAAGAUGAAGGAGUUCCUGGAGUCUCUUGCCAAGGGCCCAGAGGUGCUGCAGGCGUUCAACCAGCAGGAAGGGGUAGCCACCACCACGACCAUGGUGUACCAGCAGCAGGGGCCCAACUGUGUUUACACAGACAGCACAGAGGUGGCUGGAUCUCUCUUGGAGCUGGCCUGUCCAGUGCAGGUGACCUCAACAGAGAUUUCACCCCAAAUGUCUGUGCAUCAAGGAUCUGAGCAGCAACUUCAAGUGCAGGUUCAGAUCCAAGAACAGCAAGGCCAAACGAUUGGGCAGGUUCUUCAGGUGGCCUCCCCCUCUCAGCAGGGCCUGCAGGGAAUCUCAACAGCCCAGUUGGUGCAGCAAGGAGAGCUCACAGAGGAGCAGCAGCAGCAGAUUCAAGCUCAGCUGAUUGCAGCUGUAGCUGGAGGACAGCCCAUCCAGCUUGCAAGCGGCGAGCAUAUCCAGUUGCAAGGGACACAGCAUAUUCAGCUUCCAGGGGGACAGCAGAUUCAACUUCAGGCUGGCCAACAGAUCCAGAUCCAAACCAUAGAGGCCAUGUCUCCUUCCCAGCAACAGGAGUCUCUCAGAGAGGCUGAAAGGAGAUCCGGUGCUGUUGCAACUGUUCUCCAACCAGCUAAGAAGCGCAAGGUGGAUGUACCCCUCGCUGUUUCAUAUGCUGUGCCACAGGGCCAACAGGUAGCCACAGUCCUGACGAUCCCUCAAGGCCAGCAGCAAAGUUACGUGUCCCUCCGACCAGAUCUGCUCACUGUUGACAGUGCUCAGCUGUACAGCACUACAGGAACAAUCACUGGUCCCACAGGUGAGACCUGGACCAUCCCUGUGUACUCCACUCCGCAGCAGCAGGGUGUAACUCACAUUGCCAUACCACAGGAUGCAUAUAGCACAGUGCAGGUUACUACCACCAAUGGCAAAGAUAAGUUGCCCACCGGUUCUGCAAUUAGGUCCACAGAUGUGCAAUCAGCCACCACUGCAACACAGGAAGAAAUCGUACAGACCCUGUUGCCUGCCCAGUUCAUGAACGGGAAUAUUCACAUCCCUGUGGCCGUGCAGACUGUAGGAGGAACCUACAACACCACCCAGUCCGUACACAUAUGGGACCCAAGUCAGCAGAGUCAAGAAGGACAAGAGCAGCAGCUCCAUCUGCAGGCCCAAGUGGAGACGGAGGCUGAUGGCGAACCUCCUGCAGAGAUUCUAGUUCCCAUCUCUCUGAAGCCCGAGGAGGGCCUGGAAGUGUGGCGCCUUUGGGCGAAGCGAAAAAACGCUGAACUAAGCCAGCAGGAAAACACAAAACUUGCACCCAUAGGACGUCGUCAGCCUCUGCGUUUCCAAGAAGACUUGGUUUCCAGUGCUGUUGCAGAGCUGAAUCUGGGUCUUUCCUUUAUGACUCAGGAAGCACGAGGUUCAGAAGAAGAAGAGUUGGCGUCUGAUGUUCUGUAUUACGUGUUCUUGUGCAUACAGAAGUAUCUGUCUGAUAACGGACGUGUGGAUGACAUUUUCUCUGAUCCGUACUACACACGUUUUUGCGAGAGUUUACACAAAAUCUUGCACGACUGGAAACCCAGCAUCCAUCCUUUAGGUUAUGUCAUUCCAAGCCAUGUGACUGAAGAUAUGCUGUGGGAGUGUAAACAGCUUGGUGCACAUUCACCGGCCACAUUGCUUACAACUCUUAUGUACUUCAACACUAAAUAUUUCCACCUGAUGACACCUGAACAGCACAUGAAAGUAGCCUUCUCCAAGGUCUUGAGGCACACUAGGAAGAACCCCACCAAUUCUAAGGACAAGGCAACCAGUAUUCGCUUUCUGAAAGUCCAAAAUCAGCACAGUACCGGACAAAAAGGAACUGAUGACAUGUAUGUAGAGCAGAUUGAAGAUCCAGAGACUCCUCUUCGUUGUCCCAUUAAACUUUAUGACUUUUACCUCUUUAAAUGUCCCCAAAGUGUCAAAGGUCGUAAUGACGUCUACUACAUGACUCCAGAGCCUGUGGUGGCACCAAACAGCCCAAUGUGGUACUCGUCUCAGCCCCUCACAAGUCAGCAAGUGGAAGUCACGCUGGCUCGGAUUAUUGUAGUCCGAGAGAUCCAGGAGAUCAUUAGCUCCGGUCUAGAAAACUAAACCGAGCACUGACUGAACUUCAGACUGACUAUGCAGUACCCACCCUGACUACACUUCUCAAUAGCCAUCAGAUAAAGCUGUCCUUCUGAAACAAUCACUUUUUUUCUGAGGAGAAUAUAAAGAAUGCUUUUGCAAGUUUCAGAGAUUUUUCUCCUAACUUUUCAGCUAAUGGGAUGAACAGUGACUUUCUUCGUUAGAUCU